AUGGCUUUACUGACGCCUUUCAAUAAAAUGCCUGAACUGAACACCGCCAAUAUCCUGUUGGUGGAAAAUGAAGAGCAGUUCCAGACCAAGUUGGCUGACGUUAUAGUAAAUUACGAGAAACAAAUCAACGUCAACGUUCGGUUGGCCAGAAAACUUCCGUUGCCAAUUGAAAACGCAGAUACUCGUCCUCGAAUCGAUCUGGUGGUUUUUAUCGUCAAUUUAAUAUAUGAACGAAGCCUUCAGGCAAUGGAGUCGUCUAUAAAGCAUUUAGACUCAGGCUUCUUCGUAGGGAAAGUCUGUUUUUUGGUAACUGGCGCUCGCUGUGGUUCGGUCUCUCAUGAGCGUUUGUUGAGUGUGAGAAAGCUCGCAGCAUCUCUACACUGUCCCAUGCUGUGUGCUGAAGAUCAGACAACAGAGGGAGUAAGAGCUGCAGCUCUGAGACUCCUCAGUAUAGUCAAGGUGUCGGCCGGACUGGUUCCCACGGCAACCGCCCUCUACCUGUCCGCGCUGACCCGCUGCACUUUGCCCGCUGAGCUUGACCAGGAUUGA